AUGGACAUGUUCGAGGGCAGCAGCAGAGAUGCGUUGGUGUUGCAGCAGGUUCCAACCAAAGACUCGCGAGCCAUCGGAGGAGAGGGAGAGGAGGGUGUCGCCGUAGACGAUGCAGCUGCUGAGUGUGUGAGCGCAAGAGGUCUCGUCCAGCGCCACAAAAGAUUUGACGGCUUUGCCACGAUGAUAGGCGAUGAUCUCGUUGCCAGCGACUGCCAACACUCCAAACUGCUUGUUAUUCUCUGCGAUGGCCAAGUCGACGAUGUGCACGGGCAAGGGCGGUGA